UGUUCCGUUGCCGUAGAAACAAAACCGGGCCUCUCUGCCGGAAGUGCGUACAGCCGCCUGGCAGCUAGUUGCCGAGAGAGGCCGAAAGAGGCAAAUAUGCGACUCACGUCUCUUUUGCGAGCGCCGGUCCGAGGCUGGCGGGAGCGGUUCGACUGCGCCGGCCGGGAUGUGGCCCACUGGUUCCCCGGGCACAUGGCGAAAGGGCUGAAGGAUAUGCAGAAACGCCUGCGAGUGGUCGACUGUUUACUGGAGGUUCAUGAUGCCCGCAUCCCACUCUCAGGCCGGAACCCUCUGUUGCAGGAAGCCUUAGGUAUCCGCCCACACUUAUUAUUGUUGAACAAAAUGGAUCUGGCAGACCUAACCCACAAACCGAGGAUUCUAGAAUGUUUGGAACAGCAAGGUUUUACAAACGUCCUCUUCACGGAUUGCCUGAAAGACGAAAAUAUCCGAAAGAUUAUUCCCCAUGUCACAGAACUGAUCAGCAACAGUCCACGGUACCAGAGGAAUGAGAACGUGGAGAGCUGCAUCAUGGUCAUUGGAGUGCCAAAUGUGGGGAAAUCAUCAGUCAUCAAUUCGCUGAGAAGGGUGCACCUCAGAAAAGGGAAAGCCUCCUUGGUUGGUGGGGCACCAGGCAUUACCAGAGCAGUUCUCACCAAAAUCCAGGUGAGUGAAAGGCCCAUCAUGUUUUUGCUGGACACUCCUGGAGUGCUGUCUCCCCAGAUUGGGUGUGUGGAAACAGGAUUGAAGUUAGCGCUCUGCGGAGCAAUCAGGGAUCACCUGGUGGGCGAGGAAGUCAUUGCCGAUUACCUUCUUUACACACUGAACCAGCAGCAGCAAUUCAGUUACGUAGAACGUUAUGGGCUGGAUGGUCCUUCGGAUAACGUGGAGAGUGUACUCAAGAGCAUUGCUCUGAGCCUGGGCAAGACUCGACGAAUCAAAAUGCUGACUGGCACAGGAAAUGUGACCGUGAAGGCACCAAACUACAACGCAGCAGCGUCUGAGUUUAUCUACACUUUCCGCAAGGGACUCCUGGGGAAGGUCAUGCUUGACUAAGGGCAGCAGUUUCCUAUGCAGUGCUGAAGUUUUCUCCUGGGUCGUUCCGGAGGAUUCUGCCUGGAACAGCAGUGUGCCGCCCUUAAGCCUGGAGCCACCGACAGGUUGACCUCAUUGGGGAUGCAGUUGCCGAGCCCAGCUGCAGAGCCCUGAGCUGAGGAUGAAGCAGGCGGCAGUGGCCAUAACUGGCUACAUUUCUCGCUCUUUUUCUGUACGUCUUCCCUCACUGCCCCACCUGCCGUUCCUUCUCCAGGUUGCAACAGUUGGACGGGUUUUUUAUUUUGAGAGAGAGGAAGGGCUUUCUUUCUUUCUUUCUUUCUUUCUUUCUUUCUUUCUUUCUUUCUUUCUUUCUUUCUUUCUUUCUUUCUUCAGAAGCUGAAGCAAAGAUCGUAAGGAACCUUUUACGGGGGGGGGGGGGCUUUUCACUGCUGCCUGCUGCGUCCCCUGUGCCAGUAUGGGGUAGGCAAUAAAACGAGAGUGCUGCCAUUCCACUUUCAUUCUAAAAAGUGAUGUAGAUUACGUUGAUUUUUAACUUGUUUGAACUAUGUAUGUAAGCUGUCUCUGAAUGGUGGCUAACAAUGGUUUUAGUAAAUAAUUUUUAAAGAAAUGGUUCCAGUUCAAAGGAGUUAUUUCUGCCUCCUGCUGCCUUACUCUCGGCGAGGACUUGUUGCCUCCUGCCUGCUCUUACAAUAUAUUAUUAAUAUGUGAAUUGGCCAUGUCUUGGGGCAGAUCUGUUGUACAAAGUUGAUCUAAUGCAAAGGGACAUUUUACUCAGGCUGGGAAAAGUGGCUAUAAUUCAGAAGUGACUGAGCUGGUUAACGUCUUCCCUUUAUUUGCUUUGCCUGUUUCCAGCUUCUUUGCUCUUCAGCUCUUGUCCUCCUUGCUGGAUUUUUGUUGGCCUCUUUGCUUUAUUCGGGGCCGAUGUGGAUGAGAAAGGAAUCUCAAACUAUUUAUUUCCCCAGUCUAGCAUGAAAGGAUUUUCCAUUGUAAUAGUUAGGGGCUGCCCUGAUGGCACAUGCCGGAAGCGUUCAAAAGCAACGCUUGGGAAACACCAUAGCAUCGGGGCAGAUGGGAGGAGAUGUUUUAAUGACGUAGCAGUUCACCUGUUGAGGCAACAUGAGGAUUGCUUCCUCUUUGGAUUUCAGAGAAGAGCACACAAGAGUUGAAACUAAAUUUUGAAGAUGCUCAGGUAAUGAAAAACUGACCUAUUCUUAUCUAACAGUUUUCAUAUCAAAUGUCUGAGACAUUUAUCAGGCCCAGAUCCUGGUAUUGCCUC